AUGACUGAGCAAAUUCUUCUUGGAAUUCGUGACUUUCUUCAACCUUAUGUAUCGUUAUUAAAUAGUCAUAACGUUGAUUAUUUAACUUGUAACCAUUGGAAUACUUAUGUACCUGAAUGGAUUCGUCAAGAAGACACAGUUGAUCUUUAUGAUUUAUUUGAAAAACGUUAUAAUGAAAAGUCACCGGCAAAGAAUUUAUUAGAAGAACUUAUUGAUCAAAUAGUUGACUGGAAAAGAAAAAUUGAGCAAAUCACAUACACACGUGAACAAUUUGAAGAACAAAUUUUACCAGAAAAAUAUGAAAAUGAACUAACAUCAUUGAAAAAUAAAACGCGAACAUUUAUGAGUCCAAAAAAAGAACAUGAAGUAGAAAUUUUAGCUCCGAUUAUUGAUCAAUUAGCUAAUAUGGUUAAUGUUGAUUCGAUAAUUGACUAUGGAAGUGGCCGUGGCUAUUUAGGUGUAAAAAUAUCUUACGAUUAUGAAAGAAAUGUUCUUGGUAUUGAAUCAAGUGAAGAAAUAUUACAUAGUGGUGAAAAACGCAUAGAAACGUUAUCUAAAUAUCAAAAAGAACUAUACGAUAAUAUAAAAUAUAAGACAACAUCAACUAUUGUUAAUAGUGAAACUAAUUUCGAAAAAUUAUUCUCUGAAACAUUUGAUAGUUAUUCAUCAUCAUUUCUUCUUUGUAGUCUUCACGCAUGUGGAUCGUUAUCUUGUUCACUUUUAAAUCAUUUUGUUGAAAAUUUAUCUGUACGUGCCAUCGCUAAUGUUGCGUGUUGUUAUCAUUUAUUGGAAGAAAAAUUUGUUGCAAAUCCAUUUACAAAUUAUUGUGCUGAAAAUGAUCCGUGCAGUUUUCCAUUGAGCCAUCGAUUAAUUCAAGAGAAAACAAAAUUAGGUAGAAAUGCUAGAAUGCUUGCUGUUCAAUCGUUCGAAAGAAAUAAAGCAGACCAAACAUUAAAUGCUGGCUUAUGGUAUCGAGCAUUAAUGCAAGUACUUCUUGUUGAAAUCUAUGGAUUAACAACUGGCUUACAAGAUAUUAAAUUAGGAAAAUUGACAAAAAAGUCCAUGACAUUUGAAGAAUACGUAUGGAAAGCAGUGGACAAAUUAAAAUUAGAUAAAACAAAAAUAACUGUGAAUGUAAUUAAUAACUAUUGGAUACGUUAUGAAUCAUGUCGUCAUCAACUUCAUACAUUUAUUCAACUGAAAGUUUUAUUUUCUGGAUUGAUUGAAAUGAUGAUUUUACUCGAUCGACUUGUUUUUCUUGAAGAAUCUGUACCGACUGCAUCAUCAUAUUUAGUGGCAUUGUUUGAUCCGAUCAAAUCACCACGACGUUGGUGUUUAGCUUCAUUAAAAUAA